AUGGGUCAGGCUCUUUCGGGCCCCCUGGACCUCCCGGACAGGGCCCGGGGCCCGUGGCCUACCAGGGCCCGCUGGUCCACCUGGCAGGCCUGGAACCCCAGGACAGUAGCGGAGAGAAGCUGCAUUAAGUACUGCAUUGCAGCUCCUCCUCAUGGACUGCACCAGAAACUGGACUGCACAAGGACUGCACCUCACCCUCCGAUCCAACAGGUCCCAGACGUGCUCAAUGGGAUUGAGACUGGAGAAGCUGGUGAUCUAGGUCUUCCAGGGCCCAGUGGAGAGAGGGGUUCUCAGGGUGACCCUGGAGUGCCUGGUCAGGCAGGGCAGGGGGGCUUGGCUGGGCUUCCUGGGCCCAUGGGACCGAUUGGGCCUCCAGGACCACCCGGCCCCCCCGGACAGUCCUACCCCGUGCGUUAUGGUGACGGGGAGGGUUCCGUAGUGACAGGGGUCAAUGGUGUUGCUGGAGUGAUAGGAAUUCCAGGACCACAGGGUCCGCCCGGAAUCGCAGGCCUUCCGGGAAGAUCUGGUUUGCCUGGGCUUUCGGGAGAGAAGGGGAGCGAGGGAGCAAGAGGACGGGAUGGAACACCAGGGAUGGACGGAUUCCCAGGACAAUUGGGAGACAAAGGGGAGAGGGGAGACAGAGGAGAAAGGGGUGAGCCAGGGCGUGAAGGGGGGCCCCCUGGACCUCCAGGAGCCCCUGGCCCACCGGGACAGAUCUACCAGACCUCAGGCAGUUUUGAUGGAGUUCUUGGGAAUCAAGGAGAGGGAGGACCAGGUCUUCCCGGCCGGGCAGGAUUCCCAGGGCCUAUAGGACCAAAGGGAGAUACAGGAGAGCCUGGACAGCCAGGAUACGCAGCUAAGGGGGAGAAAGGAGAACCUGGUAUUAUCAUGGGGCCUGAUGGAAGACCCCUGUACCUGGGAGGGCUGGGGUCUCAACCGGGAGAGAAGGGACUCCCGGGACCUGAGGGACCUCCU